GUGUUCUAGGCUCCCUUUUAGGCCAUCUUCAGCAUAAAAGAUCGAUAAAGUAAGUUUUUUGUGCGUGGGCUACAUUGCAAAGAUGAUUCAGCUUUUGUUUACGCUUGUGUUGGCGGAAAUGGCUGUGAUUCUGAUCCUUAUGUUCAGAACCCCAGUAAGGAAGUUGGUGAUUAUGGGGUUGGAGCGGUCGAAGCAGGGAAGGGGUCCGUUGGUGGCAAAGACCGUGGCAGGAACAAUGAUGGUGCUCUUUAGCUCCACCGUAUAUAGUGUGAUGAAAAUCCGGAAACGUUCAACCGAAGCCGGCAUGCUUAAUCCAACCGAUGAGGUUCUUAUGGCACGUCGUCAUCUGGAAGCGUCUCUUGUAGGAUUCUCCCUAUUCCUUGCACUAAUGAUAGACAGACUACAUUAUUAUAUUCAAGAGCUCAAUCUACUGAGGAUGGGCUUGGUCAUGGAGCGACUAAGAAGUUAAACCAGGAUUAUAGCAAAAAGCAGGGGAUCCGAUGGAGAAGACCAAGAAGACAUAGAUGAUUCAUGUGUGUUCAUUCAUAAACUGAUUUAUAUGUAAUUUGUCUGAAUCGGUAGAUGAAAUGUGUAAUUAUGUUAAAUUAUCAUUUAUGUUAAAAGUUUACGUUAAUAAGAAACGAUGAAUUUAGUCA